AUGUGGGAAGCAGCGGGCACCAGACUCCAUCCCCAAUGUGGGCAGCAGCAGGCACCAGCCUACAGCCUCAAUGUGGGCAUCAGUGAGCACCAGCUUCAAAGUAGGCAGCAGCCGGCACCAGUCUCCAACCUAAAAGUGGGAAGCAGUGGGCAGAAGCCUCCAGCAUCAAACGGGCACCUGACUCAAAGUGAGCAGCAACGGGCACCAGCCUCCUGCCUCAAAGUGGGCAUAAGUGAGCACCAGCUUCAAAGUGGGCAGCAGCCGGCACCAGUCUCCAACAUCAAACUCGGCAAGCAGCGGGCAGCAGCCUCCAGCCUCAAAGUGGGGAGCAACGGGGACCAGCCUCAAAUCGGGUGGCAGCGGGCACCAGCCUCACUGUGGGCAGCAGCGGGCACCAGCCUCCAGCCUCACUCUGGGCAGCAGUGGGCACCAGCCUCCAGCCUCAAUGUAGGCAGCAGCGGGCACCAGCCUCCAGCCUCAAAGUGGGCAGCAGCGGGAACCAGCCUCAAGUCUCAAAGUGGGCAGCAGGGGGGCGCCAGUCUCCAGCCUCAAAGUGGGCACCAGCCUCCAGGCUCAAAGGUGUCAUUAGCGGGCAUCAGCCUCUUGCUUCAAAGUGGGCAGCACCGGGCACCAGCCUCCUGCCUCAAACAGUGGGCACCAGCCUCAAAGUGGGCGGCAGCGGGAACCAGCCUCAAGUCUCUAAGUGGGCGGCAGCGGGCACCAGUCUCCAGCCUCAAAGUGGGCACCAGCCUCAAAGUGGGCGAUAGCGAGCACCAGCUUCCUGUCUUAAAGUCGGCAGCAGCAGGCACCAGCCACCAGCCUCAAAGUGGGCAGCAGCGGGCAACAACCUCCUGCCUCAUAUUGGGCAUCAGCCUCCUGCUUCAAAGUGGGCAGCAGCAGGCACCAGCCUCCUGCCUCAAAGUGAGCAACGGUGGGCACCAGUUUCCUGCCUCAAAGUAG